UACAUCGCUUUUAUCGUGUCGCCAAACUGUCAUUAGUUUGACGACACAAAAAAUAUUAUGUAUAAAUUUCGGGAAUUUCCAUUCCAUUUUUGUUCACAAACUUUCACGAUUCCAUAAUGUUAUUAACUGCUUGAUAGCCUCAACAUCGGUAAAAUGGACGCCGGUAGUACAAUUCUCAGUUGCUUGCUUAUGUUUCAAAUGACCACCGUACUUGUGCUCCUAAAUCCAAUCAACGACGUACGGAAGAUGUCCAGAUGCAUCAAUAAAAUAGCCAAAUACAAUAAAAAUUACAAUUACUUUGCCAUCGCUUUAUACUAUGGAGCAAUUGCAUAUCUUGGUAUGUAUAUACCUCUGCAAGAGAUACACAGCUUGAUAACCAAUAAUACCCUCACAGCCACUGAAAAACUAAUAGCCUUCCAUAGGAUCGAGAAGAACUACUUCAUAGCUGGCUUUUCCCUUUUCUUGUUCAUCGUGCAACAUGGUAUUAAAGCCAUAGUUACCUAUGCAGCAACACUUCUACAGGUAACAAUAUCAACCAGACAGUCCAUUGCGGCUAUCGGAUGUCACACAACUCAAAAGCAUAAGAAUCUUCAGCAAACAUACUCACCAAUGCACAUCCUACCGAAUUUGUUGAGAGCGAAGAGAUCGAUAUCAUAUGAGACCAUCAUGUUUGCUAAUGAGGUCCGCGAUCAACUACGAGCAGUAUUGAACAAUUCUUUCAACCGAAACAAUACCAGAACUGAAAUUAUUUCACAUAUCCUAGAAACUAAUGUAAGCAAUUUGUCCUCCACCUAGAUAGUUUCUUGAAAUAAAGCAUCACCAUCCCUAUU